AUGUACAUUUUGGAAAAUUUCUACAAAGAAUUGCGAUUGUUGUACGGACCCCAUGUGGAGCUUGAUAUUGACAUUAAAUUGCCAGCGAUGAAACACCACAUUAACGGGCACAUCCGUUUCUAUUCAACUAAAGACUUACAAAACGUUGUUGAAAAGUUAGUGGAGGACUUGACAAUUGUAGAACGAUGCUCAUGGUCUUCAGAUUAUACAUCAAUAUGGUUAAAAAAAGAAUUAUGGACAUCCACGGUGAUGAAAGAGAUAUUAAUAUCUGGCUGUAAAUAUGGUAGCAAUGAUGAUCACCAAGGCACUGUAGUCUCAGUCAGUUCUGAUGAGUGUAACGAUUCAGUUACAUGCUUGCGCAUUGCAUUAUUGACAGAAGCAGUUCAAAAUUUAGCCAAAAUAAAUGGUUAUACAAUAGGAACCAAACAGUAUAAACAGCGAAAACAAGAAGCUAUUACUAAAAUGUCUGCUAAUCGUAUUGAAUCCGAUGAAUAUCCAAUUGAUAUCAUUUCAAAACUAUGCCAUGCAUCAAUUGUCUAUGAAUUAUUAAGUGUCCGUCAUUGUAAAGUUAUUAAUACAGAAUGUGAUACAUCAAAUAAAGACAGUGGCAUUUUCAUAAUGUACAAUUAUUCAAGGCUGUGUCAAGUAUGGAAAGCGUAUGAAAAAGGUGUUAUUGAAAAUUACUAUGAACCAUUACCAGAUAUCGGUUCCGUUAACUUUGGAUUGUUGACUAGUAAAGAAGAAUGGAUUUUAAUUCUUAACCAUUUAUCAGUGUGUCCUUCAGUUAUUCAACAAUCUGUUGAACACUUGUUGUCAGGGAAUGUGGAUGUCCAUAGAUUGUGCAAGUUUUUGAUGGAAAUGUCAUCUGCGGUUAGCCUAUUUUAUCAUAGGCAUCAUAUUUUAUCAGACCCGAUUUCAAGUUUAUUACCGCUGAUGUAUGCUCGAUUAUAUUUGGUCAAGUCGUCAAUUCAGGUGUAUGAAAAUGUUUUCCAAUUAUUAGGUAUCGAAGCUGUACGCGAAAUGUGA